AAAAGUAAGAAGAGAUUAUUGUCUACGAUUGUUUUAUUGAUACUGUUUGAUACAUUGGUGGCGUCCAUUUAUAAGAUGUUGUGAUAUGCGUUUGUUAACCGUGCAAAUUAUAAUUAACUAUUUAACAGAAGAUUGGUAUUUCAAUUUAGAGAAGAUCCUUAACAAGUGGCGACCGUUGGAAAAGAGCGCAUUAUUACAACAAAGGGUGCGCACUACAGGCACUACGGCGUAUCAAAAUGGCGGAGUAUAUAAAAGCAGACCGCGAACGAAAACAAAUUCGUCGAUUGUUCAAUAGAACAGCAACUGCGCUGGAACAAAAAAUACUAGAACAGGAUGUCAGCGCGGUGGAAGUGGACUUCUUAUAUUUAACGGAAAAAUUCAAUCGCUUGCGAGUGCUCGACGAAGUCAUACAGAAUUUGCAGGCGGCGAAGACAGAUUUCGAUGAAGAGGAGUUCACUAAGGAAGUGGAUGAGGCAGAAGAAUUUCUGACGAAAUACGUGUACUUCAAACAUAAGUAUCACAUUUUGAAGCCGGACGUCAAAGAGACUAAUCAUACGAUGACGAUGACGGCCGUCCCAGAAAACAAGAAAAACUUCAAACUUCCAAAAAUAGAAAUUAAGAAAUUCGACGAUGACCCCAAAAAAUGGAUUCAGUUUUGGGGCCAAUAUAAGAAGAUACAUGAGGACCGCAGCAUCACAGAAGAGGACAAGUUCCAGUACUUACUUCAGAGCUUGAAGGAUGACUCGAAUGCCCGUGUCUUAGUGGAGAGCUUCCCACCCUCUGCAGGCAAUUACCCGAAGGCUCUUGAACAGCUGAAGAACCGGUAUGGACGAGAAGAAAUGUUAGUGGAGGUGUACAUCCGAGAACUGUUAAAUAUGGUGCUCGCACAAGUUCGUGGUGAACUCGUCUUAGACUUAAGGACCUUACAUGAUAGAAUUAGUACAUACCUGCAUGCUCUGGAAACGUUGAAAGUAACUAAAGAUAGGUAUGAUGCAAUGCUUUUUCCUUUAAUUGAAUCGGCUAUGCCCGAACAAGUUCUGUUAGCAUACAGUAGGGCGCAGUCACAAAGUACACAAUUAAAUCAGGGCUCAGAACGAUUGGCACAGUUGUUGAAGUUCCUUGAAAAUGAAGUACAAGCAGAGGAGAGGAUUAGGCUUGCUAGAUCCGAUUUCAUUUCUAGCAAGUCUCCCAAGACAGUGUCCGGAUCAGACAUUCAACCGACAGCGACAUGCCUUACAACAAAGGUAACAAUGGAGAGAGGUAAGGAAUGUUGUUAUUUUUGUGAUAAGGAGAAUCAUACAGUGAAUGAGUGCAGUAAGGGGGUAGAUUUGACCUUGGAUGAGAAAAAAGAAUUAAUUAAAAAGAAAGGUGGGUGUUAUAUAUGUCUAAAGCGGGGUCAUAUGGCAAAACAAUGUAGAGCAUUUUUAAAAUGUAUAGCAUGUAAAAGAAGGCAUUUAGUUGUAUUAUGUCCAGAUUUGCAUAGCGAAAAGAAUAAAGACAUUGAAGUAUCGAAAAAACCAAAUGAAAAUGUCACUUUGUGUCAGGAUAUAACAACCACUCUGUUACAGACAGUGGUUGCAGUGGUUGAAUACGGAGGCAAGAAAAAGAAGGUGAGGAUUCUUAUUGAUGGUGGUUCACAGCGGACAUAUAUCAAGACUAGCCUGGCUGAAGAACUGAAUCUAAAGGUAAUAGGUCAAGAGCAGAUUGGACACACAUUGUUUGGGGCAAUACAAACAGAACCUGAGGUCUACAACAAAUACGAAUUUAAGGUGAGUUCAUUAGACAAUUCCUCUGAUAUUACCAUAAAAGCUCUUGCUAAAAACACUACACUUUGUGGUGUUCUGCCUAAAGUGGAUGAUAAGAAAGUUAUGCAGAAACUCAACAAUUUGAAUGUACAAUUAUCAGACAUUGAAAAUGACAUAGUUGACAUUGGCAUAUUGAUAGGGUCAGAUUACAUGGGUGCAGUAAUAUCAGGCACAAUAAUAUAUCUUGAAAACAAUUUGUUUGCCAUGAAAACAAAGCUGGGAUGGACGCUACAAGGUCCUACAUUAAGUGCUUAUAGCUGUACAGUACUACAAACAUGUUUCUCACAAACAAAUAAUAUUACAGACUUGUGGAGCAUAGAGCUCUUAGGAAUUAAAGACCCACAAGAAAAGAGGGAACAGGAAGAAAUAUUAAAAAGUUUUAAUGAUAAUAUUUCAGAGGCUGAGUCAGGCAGAUAUGAAGUGAACCUGCUGUGGAAAGAAGACACUCCAGACUUAAAACCGAACUAUGACCAAGCAUUCAAGAGACUUCAAAUAACGUCAAAGAAGCUUGAGAAAACAGGAAAUCUACAGGCUUAUGAUGAGGUUUUCCAAGAAUGGGAAAAAGAAGGAAUUAUCGAAGAGGUCAAAGAUGAUGAUAAAGGAAAAGGCCAUUAUCUAGCCCACCGACCUGUUAUCAAGAUGUCGAGCAACACCACUAAAGUGAGACCAGUUUAUGAUGCAUCAAUGAAAGAUCAGAAUGGAUGGUCAUUGAACGACUGCAUGGACAAAGAGUCAAAAGAACUAAUGAACAUGGGAAAAUUCGACCUUCGAGGAUGGGUAACAGCUCCAAAAAGAAUAGAUGACACGAUUACCGUACCGGUUUUAGGUAUGAUAUGGAACACUGCACAAGAUGACUUAGAGUGUAGUGUAAACCUGAAACACGGAAUCAAAGACAGAAUAACUAAGAGAGAGCUGCUAUCUAUAACCCAGCAAGUAUUUGACCCGCUUGGAUUGGUCUCUCCGGUCACCUUGAUACCUAAACUUAUAACACAGAAAGCAUGGCUGAAUAAUACAGGAUGGGAUGAACCAAUUCCAGAAGAAUUAGAAAAAGAGUUCAAAGAGUGGUUAGACACACUGCACUAUAUUAACCAAUGUCGAUUUCCCAGACGUCUGACUAGUGCACCAAUUGAAGAAUGCGAAACUAGUGUCCAUGUGAUGUGUGAUGCUAGUAAAGAUGCAUAUGCAGGAUGCAUUUUUCUACGUACGCAGCAUGGUGAUCAAGUCAAUGUCCAACUAGUGUUAGCUAAGAGUCGAGUAACACCAACCAAAAGAAAGAUGAGUCUACCAAGAGCUGAACUGAUGGGUUGUCUAAUUGCUUCAAGACUGUUCACAGAAGUUGUUAAUUCUGGUCUACUGACUCUAUGUAAGAACUAUGAAGUUUUUUGUUGGACUGAUUCGGCUGUAGCCUGGGCAUGGCUGAAAAGACAGAAAUCUUGGAAACCUUUUGUCAGUAACCGGGUCACAGAAAUCUGCAAGAACACAAAAAAGGAAGAUUGGUACCACUUACCUGGAAACGCCAACCCUGCUGAUCUGCCAUCUCGCGGCUGUGAUGCAAGAACGCUGCUCGAAAGUCGCUGGUGGGAAGGCCCACAAUGGCUUAGACUAGAAAAAGAUAAGUGGCCAAAAUCAAACAUCAAUGACAUCCCUAUUGACGAGAAAGCUGUAUGUGACGAAGAGAUAAAGAGAGCAACAAUAAAUGUCGACACAAACACACUACCUUUUAGUAAAAGAUUGAUGUAUUUUUCAAAGUACAAUAAAAUAGUCAGACUUGUUGCAUGGCUAUUAAGAAUGAAUCCUACAUUGAGACACCGAUUUUCGUCAAGAAAAGAAGAUAUAGGAAAUGAUGAAUAUAGAUAUGCUGAACUAGUCUUGACAAGGUUGGUACAAAAAGAAAGUUUUGAAGACAAAGCUAACAUACCAAGAAAGUUACGUACAGAAGUAGACGAAAACGGCAUAAUAAAAGUGAAGACAAGAUUAGAUUUCAGUAACGAGAGUAAAGACUUCAUUUGUCCAGUACUAUUAUCUGGAAAGAAUGAAAUAGUACAAAGAUUAGUUUUAUACAGACACCUGAAGCUGAACCAUGCAGGUACUUUAACAAUGAUGACAGAUCUAAGAAAUACCUAUUGGAUAUUAAAUAUAAGACGUCUGUCUAAGAAAAUUGUAGCACAGUGCAUUAUAUGUAAAAGAUACAAAUGUAAAAGUUAUAGAGUACCUGAAGCCCCACUACCUACGGAUCGAACAGAAGCUACAGCAGCUUUUCAAGUAACCGGAAUCGAUCUAGCAGGACCUCUGUAUCUCAUACACAAUCAAAAAUGCUGGAUUGUACUAUUUACAUGUGCCACAUACCGAGCAAUACACCUUGAAUUGGUAGAAUCACUGUCGACGGCUAGUUUCAUCAUGGCACUAAGGAGAUUUCUAGCAAGGAGAGGAAGAGUAAGUGUGAUUUGGACAGAUAAUGGCACCAAUUUUCAAGGAACAGCAAAUUUACUACAGAACAUAGACUGGGCUAAAGUAGAAAGUAGUACUGCCUCACAAAGCAUUCAGUGGAAAUUUAUACCACCAGGUUCUCCGUGGUGGGGAGGAUGGUGGGAACGCAUAAUUCGGGUAGUAAAAGAAAUGCUGCGAAGAAUCUUGGGUAAAGCAUCAGUAAAUUGGAUAGAAUUAUCUACAAUAAUAUGUGACUGUGAAGCUACCAUCAACAGCCGGCCGAUAACAUACAUAGAGACAGAAGAUGACUCAUUGAGACCGCUAACUCCUCAAAUGUUUCUUCAAGGCUUAAGUAACAAUGAAACUCCUGACCUCGAUAAGAUUGAUGCCGAGAAUCUCGGUCAAAGGUACCAGUACUUACAGAAGCUAAGACAGGAUUUCAGACAACGUUUUAAGACAGAGUAUUUGUCGCUACUGUCAAGUAAGAAUUACAGGAAUGACGUCAAGGAGCCUCAAGUAGGGGAUGUCGUGCUGAUCGAGACGGACAUGACCAGACUUCAUUGGCCGAUUGGAGUAAUAGAGAAAGUCUAUGUUGGGAAUGACGGAUUCACGCGGGUUGCUAAGGUAAGGACAGGUACAGGAGCUAAGGUAAGAGCUUGUCAAAAACUCUACCCCCUCGAGCUAUCAGCUGACUCCCUAAAAGAGGUAGAGACGGGUAAGUUAGAUCUUAUUACUGAACCAGGUGUUAGUAGGGACGCAACAGAACCCAGUUCUGAUGACAGCCCUAAUCCUAUUCCUGUCGAAACGCGAAGAGGCCGCGUUAUAAAAAUACCUCAAAGGUAUUUGAAUUAAUUUCACUUAAAAUUGUUUAUUGUUUGCCAUUUAAUAUUAAGUGUUAUGUGCCAAUCGUUGCGAGCCAAGGUUAGUGCUCUAUUGUCUGUUGAGAUAAUUAUAUGUCGAUUAUUAUGUUGUUUUUAAGUUUCCCAUUUUUCUUGCCUGUGGGAGGAUGUUGUGAAAACUGUGUUGAGUUGGCAACACUACUGUACUCGUUGAAAAAAAGUAAGAAGAGAUUAUUGUCUACGAUUGUUUUAUUGAUACUGUUUGAUACAUUGGUGGCGUCCAUUUAUAAGAUGUUGUGAUAUGCGUUUGUUAACCGUGCAAAUUAUAAUUAACUAUUUAACAGAA